AUGAGCAAAAUCGAAGACGAAAUAUUUGCCGAUUAUGUUAAUGAAACAUUCAACAACACUGGUUACAAUCUAGAAUCAUUCUAUUUGGCCAUUAUAUCCGUGUCUUUGGAAGCUUUGAAUGUCCUGGAUCUGGUUCCACCACCCGAAAUAUUGAAGCUCAUUAAACCUGAGGACUACGCUACAAUAGCCGCAGAUUUGUUCAAGAAAUUUAAAAGUCAAACUUUAACAACAAUGCCAAAAUGGCCCAUUACAAUAGAUAGUGCCAUGACGGAGAUGGGAAUGUGUCAUAUAAUAAAUUCGAACGUUGCCAUACUUGAUGAUCCUACCAAAUGGAGUGACAGCAGUGUGGCAUACGCCAAAAACAACAUUGAGCUCUCUGUACACGACAUGGACUUUUUUGUACAGAUACUUAACUACGCCAAUGUGUAUAAGGUUUAUACUUUGAGUCCCGACGAAGUAAUCCUGAGUGGAACACCAGCGUUAACAUUCGAGAGCGAAGGGUUCUUGUCUUUUGGAGUGCAAAUUACGAGCACUAGAGCAUCCGAGGAUCUUAAGUACAUUCCUUUGCAGCUUCGGAAAUGCAGAUUUAUGCACGAAACGACUACUAAACGAUAUCCAAUUUACUCAUACAACCGAUGCCUGAUGGAUUGUAGAAUUAAAAUGAUAUUCAAACUAUGUAACUGUAUACCACACUUUUACAAACCUUUGGGUCGGUGUCGGUCGGUCAGUGUGCUUCUAGUGGAAGUCGACGUGCCUAAUUAUGUCAAUGUUUCAGAUCACGAAACCAUAUGUAACUUAGCAGAAUUGGAGUGUGUUCUUGAGUACAAGAAAGAAAUUAUGAAGCUGUCUAUCGACAACGAAACAAUGGAAAAAUUCGAUAACACUGACGAUUUGCCGAGAUCUUUUCGCGAUUGUGGCUGCUUAGGUAACUGUGAAGAGGAUGUGUUUAAAAACGAUCAUGAGCAAUUUGUACCUACAGUAGGUCUCAACCGAAUGCGCCUAAGCGUUUCUGCAUUCCCAAAAUGCGUAGUGGUGGUGUCGUCAAUUUAUGUAUUGGAACAUCAGUAA